GGGGCCCUCCUGAGAGCUCAUUGGUCGGGGGGCGUGGCCUUGACGCUGCCGGGGGCGUGGCCUGACUGGAGAGCUGCCAAAUUGGGCAUCUUUUCGGACAACGCAGAGGGGAGCGUGGGGCGCGAAGUGGAGCUGGAUAGAUAACAGGGGACUAAUGAUGUGGCGCCCAUCACUUCUGCUGCUGCUGUUGCUGCUCAGGCGCGGAGCCCAGGGGAAGCCGUCCCCUGACGCCGGCCCUCAUGGCCAGGGGAGGGUGCACCAGGCGGCCCCCCUGAGCGAGGCCCCUCACGACGACGCCCAUGGGAACUUCCAGUACGACCAUGAGGCUUUCCUGGGACGAGAAGUGGCCAAGGAAUUCGACCAACUCAGCCCAGAGGAAAGCCGAACCCGUCUGGGGCGCAUCGUGGACCGCAUGGACCGCGCGGGGGACGGGGACGGCUGGGUGUCGCUGGCCGAGCUCCGCGCGUGGAUCGCGCACACGCAGCAGCGGCACAUACGGGACUCGGUGAGCGCGGCCUGGGACACGUACGACACGGACCGCGACGGCCGUGUGGGUUGGGAGGAGCUGCGCAACGCCACCUAUGGCCACUACGCGCCCGAGCCGGCUGUCUUGUUCCUCAACCGGCCUGGCGUGCCCUCCACGAAAACACAUCUGACUGGGACCCCUCCCGCCCCAGGUGAAGAAUUUCACGACGUGGAGGACGCCGAGACCUACAAGAAGAUGCUGGCCCGCGAUGAGCGGCGGUUCCGGGUGGCCGACCAGGAUGGGGACUCCAUGGCCACUCGGGAGGAGCUGACGGCCUUCUUGCACCCUGAGGAGUUCCCCCACAUGAGGGACAUCGUGAUUGCUGAAACCCUGGAGGACCUGGACAAGAACAGAGACGGCUAUGUGCAAGUGGAGGAGUACAUUGCGGACCUGUACUCGGCGGAGCCCGGGGAGGAGGAGCCGGCCUGGGUGCAGACGGAGCGGGAGCAGUUCCGGGACUUCCGGGAUCUGAACAAGGACGGGCGGCUGGACGGCAGUGAGGUGGGCCACUGGGUGCUGCCGCCGGCCCAGGACCAGCCUCUGGUGGAGGCCAACCACCUGCUGCACGAGAGCGACACGGACAAGGACGGGCGUCUGAGCAAAGCUGAGAUCCUGAGCAACUGGAACAUGUUCGUGGGCAGCCAGGCCACCAACUACGGCGAGGACCUGACGCGGCACCACGACGAGCUUUGAGCCCCAGCGCCCACUGCAGCCUUGUAGCCCCAUGGGUGACCCGAGGAGGGGCCCCGGGCCAGCCCCUCUCCCCAUCCAGCCCUGCAGGAUGCCGACGCAGCCCCCGUGUCCCCCUGCCCCUGGGCUGCCACGGACUCACUGGGUCAACUUCUCUGCUGGAGACACUACAGUCCCUCCCAGCCCUCUCCACCUGCCACAGGGGCUCUCACGGCCCCCAAGGGUCAGAGACCACCCAUUUCUCACUGGCAGAAUCUUCCAGCCCAGAUCAGGGGCCCCUACCCCAAGCUCAGCCUCAAAGAGCCUCCACUAACCACCCCAGCUCCAAAUCUGAGCCUCAUACCACAUAGAAACACUUCCCCCACCCGUCACCCCACCCGGCCUCAGCCCUGCACUUGCACCGCUGGGCGGGCCCAGCACUGCCCCCAGGACACCUCCUCUCUGCCAGGGAGGCAAUAAAAUUGAGUGCUGGG